UCUCUCUCUCCUUUUUCUCUCCAGCCUGUUUGAAAGUCUCCGCCAGACUCCGGCUCCGGCUCGCUGGAUGGCGGAAGGGACAGCGAGCAGCGCGCCUCCAGCUCCCGCUCUGCCCCUCACUGCUCUCGGCUGAAGCUCGGCUCCUCCUCCGCCGCUGCUGCCGCCGCUGCUCCGUGGACUACCGCGCUCCUCCGCUCUCGUUUUUCUCCGAUUUCUCCAGGUUUUUUUUCCACACGGACUGCUCGCCUUUGCCGUCGUGUUUCUCCAUCUGGAGGACUAUCUGCGCCGACUGAGAGAGAAAGAGGGAGAGAGAGAGCUUGUUUUUUGCUUCUGGAGAAAGAAAGAGAGAAAAGAGAGAGAAAAAAAAAACAACUGUUUCCUGCCUCCUUCCUCUCCAACUCUCUCUCUCACACUCUCUCCCCAACUGGGGGGGGGACAUUCCUCCGCUUUUCCCCGCGGAAAGAAAGAGAAACACAAAACAAAACAUUGUAACUUUGUGUUUUUUGCUGUUCUUUUUUUUUCAUCUUCUUUUUUUUUACUCUCGUUUAUUCCCGUCGUUCCUCCUCCUCCUGUUCCUCCAGCAGACGGAUAACUCUGUCAACAGUUGCUCUGCUGCCAGCCCUCCAUGUGCGGUGGGACAUGCGGAGGCUACUGCAACCGCGCUGUUGGCGGAUUCUGUCCUUCGUCUUGUCCGCCUGCCUGCUCCUCUGGGCGGACUGCCACCCCGCUUUGUCUGAAGGUGAUCAGGCAGGUCAGCAUGACUGGGCGAUGGGGGACCGGCGCCGCCGAGCUGCAGAGGAGUCCUACUGGGCGUACUCAGGUGCGUACGGUCCGGAGACGGGAUGGGCCACGGCGUAUCCGGAAUGCCAGGAGAGGAACCAAUCACCAAUCAAUAUAGCCGACCAGGAUACCAAAGUGUCCAUGGAGUACCAGGAGCUCACGCUGGACGGCUUCGAGACCGAGUCGUCCAACAAAACAUCAAUGAAGAACACGGGGAAGACCGUGGCCAUCCUUCUGAAGGACGAUUACUUUGUGCGAGGGGCCGGCUUGCCUGGACGUUUUAAGGCUGAGAAGGUGGAGUUCCACUGGGGCCAGAGCAACGGUUCAGACGGCUCGGAGCACAGCAUCAACGGCAGGCGGUUCCCCGUGGAGAUGCAGAUCUACAUGUAUAACUCAGAUGAUUUUGACAGCCUUAACGCAGCCAUCAGGGAGAAGCGAGUAAUCGCCGCCAUGGCAGUCUUCUUUCAGGUUGGGCAGAAGGACAAUCCAGCAGUCGACCCAAUAAUCCAUGGGUUAAGAGGAGUCGUGCAUCAUGAGAAAGAAACGUUUCUGGAGCCCUUUGUGCUGCGGGACCUGCUGCCCUCAAAUAUCGGGAGCUACUACCGCUAUGUGGGCUCUCUGACCACACCCCCCUGCAGUAAGGUGGUGGAGUGGAUCGUCUUCAGCCGGCCUGUUUUCCUUUCCUACAAACAGUUGGAGGCCUUCUACUCCAUCUUUACCACAGAACAGCAGGAUCAUGUGAAGUCAGUGGAGUACCUGCGGAACAACUUUCGCCCACUGCAGAGCCUAGACAACCGGGAGGUGUUCAAAUCCGCAGUUAAAGAUGCCUGGCUGCCAUAUCUGACCGACCCGUACGGCACUGAGGCCUCGAAAGCCUGCAGCAGCGCUCCUAUAAACAUGAAAGUGCUCCCACUGAACAGAACGGCCCUGGUCGUCAGGUGGUCCCGCCCAGAAAUCACCUACGACCCCCCCAUCGUCAGCUACCUCAUCAGCUACAGCUGGACCAAAAAUGAUGAGGCUUAUGAGGAGACCUUUGUGAAAGGCAGCGACCAGAAACUGGAGGCUGUUAUCAAGCCAGUUUCGCCAGAUGUGCUGUACUUGUUCCGGGUCCAGGCCGUGUGUAUGAACGACAAGCGCAGUGACUUCAGCCAGAGCAUGCUGUUCAGAGCGAACACCACCCGAAUAUUUGAGGGGACAAGGAUAGUGAAGACAGGCAUGCCGACGGUCUCUCCUGCCUCCUCGGCUGAUAUGGCUCCUAUCAGCUCCGGCUCGUCCACAUGGACCUCCUCGGGCCUGCCCUUCUCUUUCGUCUCCAUGGCGACGGGCAUCGGCCCCUCCUCCAGUGGAAGUCAGGCCACCGUGGCGUCGGUGGUGACCAGCACGCUGCUGGCCGGGCUGGGCUUCAGCGGCGGAGUCAUAUCCUCCUUCCCCAGCUCAGUGUGGCCCACCACCAGACCCCCACCCUCCACCCCCAGCACCUCCUCCUCCGCCCGCCCGGCGGCCAGUCCCGUCACCUCUGACCCCGAACCCGCCUCAGAGCCCACCAGCGCCAAGGCCGAGAAAGAGGGGUCAGAAGAUGGAGGAGAGAAGAGUGGAAAAGGAGAGGGAGAGGAGGGCGAGCGAGACGGUGAAGAAGAGGAGGAUGAAGAAGAGGAGAAGGAGAAGGUGAAGAACGCUCCGGAUGACGUGGAGGCUCAAGGGAACUCCACGGUUACUAAAGAUCCUCCCACGGCAACACCCGACUCCACCGCUAAGGAGAAAGGAAGGAGAGUAAAGGUGGAGAACAGCACUACUCCAUCUACCAUUCCAGAGGAGCAGGUGGAGAUGUACACGGAGGGAUAUAGAACAGAGGAGACCACUGUGACCCCGAGUACACAGCCGGGGAACACGGGGAACGAGAGUGUGGUGAUUCGACAGCCCCCGGAGAGCCCACCACAUGGCGGCAAAGCUGACGGAGGAGACAGGAUUCAGUGGCCUUUCUCCAUCCAUACAGAGCGGACCAUCAUCUCCAGCAUGCGUCCGGUUCCAGGCACAGGCCGGAUGGAGUGGAUCAUUCCUCUGGUGGUGGUGUCUGCUCUCACCUUCCUCUGCCUCGUCCUGCUGCUGGCUGUACUCGUCUACUGGAGGAGGUGUUUCCAGACGGCUCAUUUCUAUGUGGAGGACAGCAGCUCUCCCCGAGUGGUUCCCAAUGAGAGCAUCCCAGUCAUCCCCAUCCCAGAUGACAUGGAGGCCAUCUCUGUCAAACAGUUCAUCAAGCACAUAUCGGAACUGUACUCCAACAACCAGCAUGGAUUCUCUGAAGACUUUGAGGAAGUGCAGCGUUGCACAGCGGAUAUGAAGAUCACGUCGGAACAUUCAAAUCACCCAGACAACAAGCACAAGAACAGAUAUAUCAACAUUGUGGCAUAUGAUCACAGUCGAGUGAAGCUAAGACCAUUAGCUGGAAAGGACUCCAAACACAGCGAUUACAUCAAUGCUAACUAUGUGGAUGGUUAUAACAAGCCCAAGGCGUACAUUGCUGCACAGGGUCCACUUAAGUCCACGUUCGAGGACUUCUGGAGGAUGGUGUGGGAGCAGAACACGAGUAUCAUCGUGAUGAUCACCAACCUGGUGGAGAAAGGACGGAGGAAAUGUGACCAGUACUGGCCGACGGAAAACAGCGAGGAGUACGGUAACAUCGUGGUGACACUGAAAUGCAGUAAAGUCCACGCCUGCUACACAGUCCGCCGCUUCACCGUCCGCAACACCAAAGUCAAGAAGGGUCAGAAGGGCAGCGUAAAGAGUCGUCAGUGUGAACGCACAGUGAUUCAGUAUCACUACACACAGUGGCCUGAUAUGGGCGUUCCUGAAUACACACUGCCCGUCCUCACCUUCGUCAGGAGAUCUUCUGCAGCACAGACGCACGAGAUGGGUCCCAUGCUUGUGCACUGCAGUGCUGGUGUGGGCAGGACAGGAACGUACAUCGUGAUUGACAGCAUGCUGCAGCAGAUUAAGGAUAAAGGCUCAGUGAACGUGCUGGGAUUCCUUAAACACAUUCGCACGCAGAGAAACUACCUGGUUCAAACUGAGGAGCAGUAUGUCUUUAUCCAUGAUGCCUUGCUGGAGGCCAUUCUGGGGAAGGAGACAGAAGUGUUGUCCAGUCAGUUGCACAGCUACGUCAACAGCAUCCUCACACCCAGCCACAGCGGCAAGACACGGCUAGAAAAGCAGUUCAAGCUGGUGACCCAGUGUAACGCCAGGUUUGCGGAGUGUUUCAGUGCGCAGAAAGAGUGCAACAAAGAGAAGAACCGCAACUCCUCAGUAGUUCCAUCGGAGAGAGCACGUGUGGGCCUUGCUCCUCUACCUGGAAUGAAAGGCACAGACUACAUCAACGCCUCUUACAUCAUGGGAUACUACCGCAGCAACGAGUUCAUCAUCACCCAGCAUCCUCUGCCUCACACCACUAAAGACUUCUGGAGGAUGAUCUGGGACCACAACGCUCAGAUCAUCGUCAUGCUGCCUGACAACCAGGGGCUGGCUGAGGAUGAGUUUGUUUACUGGCCGAGUCGAGAAGAAGCCAUGAACUGUGAGGCCUUCACUGUCACGCUCAUUAGCAAAGACAGACUCUGCCUGUCCAAUGAGGAGCAGAUCAUCAUCCACGACUUCAUCCUGGAGGCUACACAGGACGACUACGUGCUGGAGGUGCGUCAUUUUCAGUGCCCGAAAUGGCCCAACCCGGACGCCCCCAUCAGCAGCACCUUCGAGCUCAUCAACAUCAUCAAAGAGGAGGCCAUGACCCGAGACGGCCCCACCAUAGUGCACGAUGAGUUCGGAGCGGUAUCCGCUGGCAUGUUCUGUGCUCUCACCACACUGAGUCAGCAGCUGGAGAACGAAAGCGCUGUUGGCGUCUAUCAGGUGGCCAAGAUGAUCAACCUCAUGAGACCUGGUGUCUUCACCGACAUGGAGCAGUACCAGUACCUUUACAAAGCUAUGCUUAGUCUGGUCAGCACUAAAGAGAACGGAGCCGGCCCCUUGUCCAUAGACAGGAACGGCAGCCUGGCCCUGUCUGACGAAUCGGACCCCGCCGAGAGCAUGGAGUCUCUCGUGUGAAGCUCCGGGACGAAAGGACGCCAAGAGGCACUUAAUUUCCUUUGUAAAACUUCAAGGACUAUGACAGACUUUUUCUGAGGCCUUUUUUGCCAGAACUUGGUUAAAUGAAUAACCUGAUUACUUUUUUACACUGAUAAAAAGUUUUUGAUAUUUAUUUUUUCGCCAUUUUAUGUCUUAAUGUUAUCCUACUGAACAUUUGCACCUCUGUUUUUGAGUUCACGACAAAGGAAAAGAAAAAAAAAAACAGCAACAACACACACUUCUGUCUAGUUUGCACUAUGAAAAUAUCAGUGUUACUGCCUACUUCAGUCCUUUUCUCUCUCACUCUUUCUCUCUUACUCUGUAUCACUUUGUCCUUAUCUUUCUCUCUCUCUCUCUCUUUUUCUUUCUCUCUCUUUUUUUCUCUUACUGCACCCAGGUUUCAACAUUCCAUUAUGAAGCUCCACUCGACAGCUUGGAAAUAAAUAUGAGACUCAUAGAGCCUCAUAGAGUCUCAUAGAGUCUCACAGAUCCCAAAUCCAAAAUCGCUACAUACACAUACGUAUAGUGUAUACACAAACAGCAGACCAUUAGCCUUAGCGCUAACGUCAAGCAAUACGGAUUUCUAUGCUAAAUUUUGACUCCCGCACCCCGAACCACAAAACAACGUCUCUCUUUAUGCAUCCAUGUAGCCUGUUAGACUCAUAUUUACUCUCUGCAGGUGAUAUUAAAACAGCUACUGUGAACGUCAUUCUUUUAUAUUUUGUUUUUUUUUAUUUUUACUUUAUUACGAUUCAUAUUAUGCUUUUAAUAUAUAUGAAUAUAUCGUAUCUCAUUAUUAAAACUUGUGGUUUUGUAAAUGUUAACUGUCACAAGCAACCAGUUCGACUCCUUCUAGGCUUGAUUGAAAGAUUACCUACACUUACACGUGCGAGUGAAGUCCGCCGGUCCAGACCGUACCCGUAUCUCGCUAUCCCUAGCGCCCUCUGCUGGUGGUCAUGGUUUCUUUAGGAUUCUUUAUGCUGCAAACUGCUGCUAAAUACUUUUAAUACGUUUAAUGGUAUGAAGAAGGUGGUGAUUGGAGUUAAGCUUUGGUUAAGUGGUUGGUUAAUAACCUAGAUAGCAUGUCCAUGUGGGGCCUGAAUAGAUCCAUAGAUCCAUGGAUUCCAUGUGGGUCUGACAUACAGUAUGAUGACUUGGGUAUCAGUGAUGGGUCCAGUGCCAGGAGGGGUUAAAUUUGGGGCCCAUCUAAACGUUGUACCCUGCACAUAGUGGGGGUUAGAUGGGAUUAAUGUGGGUUGUAUUGAUGGAGCCCAAUUAGAUGCCAGUGACAACACACUAGAACCCACCUGGAACCCACCAGGAACCAACCAGGAACCCACUUAACCUACGUUUUACCCAUGUGACCCCACAUGAGCAUGUUACCUGGACAGUUGAAUUCUAUUCCUUGUCUCCAACGUCUCUAUUCCUGGUCUCCUCAUCACUGUGGUCUCCGUCAUCGUUGAUAUUCCAGUCAGGUCUCUAUGCCUUUUGUACAGUCUGAUCUCAGAUCUCAAAUCUCAUCUCUGAUUGGUCUAAGUGUGUGUGUCCUGUGUGGUGCCGAGUGGUUUUAAACCUGUGAUGAUGAUGACGCUGAUGAUGAUGAUGAUGAUGAUGAUUAUACACUCAUCAUGAAACAAAAAAAAAAUGUUGCACCCAGAAGAAAGUGUCAGAUUGAAAUUUAAUUUGGAAGAAAGAUAAAAAAAGUUUACAUUCAGACUGAUAUGAGCAAUAUUUAUUCUGAUGUCUCGACAUAGACAUGAAGUUGUCAGUGAGGUUCCUAAUGGUGUCCUGCUAUAAUCCACCCUAUGCAGCUUGAAUAUUCUCACACAGUUCAUGCAGAUUUUUGGUAGGAUAGGGAUGGUAGGGUUGGUGUAGGAGUUUUGAUGGCACGUCCAAUAGCAUCCCAUAUAUUUUCAGUUGUGGAUUCAAGGCAUGCUCUUAAGAUGGCGGCAUCAGCAGUUUUUGGACGAGCCUUGUCCUGGUGAAAUUGUGAAACCUGGGAAGUGUGUCUUUAGGAAACGUAGACCCACCCACUGGUUCCAGGACUUUACAUAAUUAACGUAACCUUGGGAUGUCAAAGUGCCUGUAAUGAAAACCAAGGCCCAAUCCCAUUUCACCCCUUAGCACUACCACUUACUCAUACCCCUUCUUUUUGAGUGUAACCUUUCUUUUGGAACAGAGUUAAGGGGAAGAGGUGAAAUCCUCCCCCUAAGAAUUGGGACAACUCUUCAAGCACCAGAUACAUCAUUAGGAGUGCUGAAGUUAACAGAAAGGGGAGAGGUGGUGCAAAAAUGAAUUAUUAUUGUCCAUUCCUUAAUUCCUCUGUGAUGGGGAGCUGAAAUUAGCUUUGAUUAGCUUUUAUUUUAUUUAAUUUUUCCAUUCCACCUUAAAAGCUGCAGCCCCUGCCAUCUGUUGCACCAUUUAAGGUGGAAUGGGGGGUUAGCUAGCUCAGUGUUUCUCAACCAGGGUGCCGCGGCACCCUGGGGUGCCGUCUGGCUUCAUCGGGGGUGCCGUCAAAAUAUUGCGCCUCCCGUGCAUAUUUCCUUUCCAGAGUCAACUCGUGUCGGGGUGUGUCCCAAUUCACAGGCAGCAUACUCUGAAGGAUGCGACCCACAGAGGCGGUGUAUUACUGCGCAGCUGUGACGCAAUCUGUCUUCGAAUACAGUGUAGCAGAGUAUUUCACUCAUUUGAAAAGUCAGCAGGUUUCGCGCUAAUCGCGCUAAUUGUGACGCGCUAUUUUAUUUCAUAUUCCGCCAGCAACACCCCUCGUUCUCACCUGAAGUACUGCGCCAGCACCACCAGACCCCCCCGCCCCCCGCGUAAACUGGGGUGCCUUGACAUCUCGCAUAUAUUUAAAGGGUGUCCUGAUAGAAAAAAGGUUGAGAAAUGCUGAGCUAGCUAGCUAGCUAGCUACUGAGACAAACUACUAGCGAUCUAUAUUAUGCUUGUUAUAAAGAAUUCGGCCAGAAAACAUUGAAACUACACAUUAAACUAUGGUAAUGUAGCGCUAAUCAUCAUUUUUAACAAAAAAAAAACUAUACCAUUGUGGGUUUCUUUGGUCGCUUCGUCCUCCAUCUUACCAGUGAUUCUCAUACCCCCUCGGUUUGAAGUGUGCAUCUGAAAAAAAUAUCUGUAUGAAGGGCUAACAAGCCCUAUCCCUUUCCCUAACCUACCCCUCCAGCCUAACAAAAAUCGGGACACCCUACCCCUUGGCGUGCACAUGCAAAACAUAGGGGUAGGGGUAAGUGGUAGGGACAAGGGGUUAAAUGGGAUUGGGAGUUUCCCCCAUAUCAGCCUAAUUUUUAAUCAUUUAUUGUUCUUGGUCACUUUUUCCUUCCUUCCCAAUAGCAUUGCAAUCUGACACUUCCUUUUAGGUGCAACUCGUUUUUUUCUGUUUGUUUUUUUUAAUCUGGUGAGCAUCUCCAGACGAAACCUCAACCCUCACCCCAACCUCACCUCACCCAGUCCAAGCUGUUCCACUGACUUCCACUCGCUUCUGUACUCACUGUAUCACUCGUACCACAACUCAAACCCUGUGCAGCUUUCCCUCACUCUCUCUCUCUCGCUCUCUCUUUCUCUCUCUCUCUCUCUUUUCCCAUCCUCCACAGACAGCACAAUGGCCUUGUUACCACACCUUCUGCCCCAACACCUGCAGAAGGGACAUUGAUUGAUUUGUAAAGUUUUACCAAAGACUUCUCCGCUCCUCUGCUCAUCACUCGUUCACUCUUUCACUAGUUCACUCGCUCACUCGUCCACUCGUUCGCUCGCUUCUACAGCAGACAAAAAACACAAAACCUGUAAAACACAACAAACUGUAAAAGAGGAGGAUGCGUGUGUCCAUCAUUUGGUCAUUCGGAUGCAGAAUGUUCUUAAUGUGUGUGUGUGUGUGUGUGUGUUAGUGUGUGUUUUAGUGUGAUUGUGUGUGUGUCAGGGAAUGAAUUAUGAGCAAAAAUUCACAGCAAAUUUUAAAUUAGAAUUUAGCACUUAUCCUCCAAUCGGAAACAUAAGGAACAUGAAGAACAUGAUGAAUGGUGCUACAAAUGUUUUUUAGGGUGAUGCCAUAGACAAACCACCAUAGAGAACCAUGUUUUAAAGGAAAUUCUGGAACAAGUGCGAAGAACCACCUCUAAAACUGACAGCUUCACAUCUCUACACUGGCAUGCCAAAAGUCAUGGGACAGCAGAAUGUAAGCAGAUGAUGUUUACAUUUACAUUUAUCACAGAGGUGGACCAAUCUAGUGUUAGGAGUCUUGCCAAAGGACUCUCAUUGGUGUAGCGCAGCAUUCAGUCACCCAGACCAGGAAUUGAACCCCAGUCUGCCCUCACAUGAAAUGAUACCUUAGUGAACAGCUUGGGAAUGCCCAGACCUGUAUGUAUUUAUAUAAGUUGUGAGGUGUUAUCUUGUAAGUGAGGUUAAACACCGGCCAUUGUGCUCAUAGAAAAGCGGUGUGGGUUUGGAGCAAGGUUGAGCUGAUAGUGGGCGCCGAUGGAUGAACAUUCUGAACAUUCCCGAAGUUCGGAAGUGUGAACAUUUCUUAAAUGUGCCCCAGGAAUACGGCAUAGAAGACAAUAGUUACCACCCACUGUGAACAGCCCAGUGCAGUGGUUUGUAAUGAUUGUGAUCGGCGACUUCUGGCUAGAAUUGUCCAUGCGCACAGACAAAAAACUGUCCCAUGAUUUGUGGCAUGCCAGUGUUUUACUAAACCACAGAACUACAAAUGGUUCUUCUAUGGCAUCGCUCAAAUAACCCCUCGUUGCACCACUAAUUUUAAAAGUGUACUUUUUCUAGGAUAAAAAAAUGCAAUCUCCAUUGUAUCUCCAAUUUGUGCAGGAUGAACCAAUAGAAAUGUUUUUUUUUUUUUUUACAUUGACUUCCAAGGAAAGAUAAGUAACAUUUUGUUUUGUUUUUUCUCUGAUGAAGUUUUGAGAAUUUUGGAGAUACAAGAAUUUUGACGCUACAUAAAAAGAUGGUCGGGAUUGUAAUUGUGAUUUUGGAUGUUGGAUUUUGGAUGUGAGGUUUUGUGUGUUUAAUGCCACAUAUUUGAACCAAUGAAGAGAAGCUCUGGCCCUGUUGGAUAUGUCCCGGUUCUUCUCGGAAAAGUUGGAAAUAUGAAUGAACUGGAAACUUUCCAGCUUUCCAGGGGUCAUUUCCUUUUGCCUCGAGAUGCUGAAAAUGUAUUUGUUUUUUUUUUUCCUUCAAGCGAGAAGAAUGCAUUCCUGCUUCUGCUCUUUUUUGCCCUGUUGCUCAUCUUCCAUUCAAACCUAUAAACUGUUCUAUACCGUAUGGCUAUGCUGCAAUUUUAAUUACUAUUUUGCAAACAUGAAUUAAUUACUAUUAUUAUUAUUAUUAUUUCCCCUUGUUUUAUUUUUAUUUUAUUUUUUUCCUUUGAAUGUACAUACUUUUCUUGCUUGUCUACUCACCCACCGGUUCUCUGAAUACUUUGUACCUGGUUGUAUGAUCAAAGAAUUUUAUUUUCAUAUAUAAAACUGUUUCCGUUCCACUGUCAGCUCCCUGAAAGGUGUGUAUUUGAGUGUGUGUACGUUUGUGUAUGUGGGGUAAGGGGGAGUGUAUAAAAAAAUAAAAAAUAAGCCAAUGGUCCGUUCACCGAGUGACUGACAUCACAUUCCUCACAAUUCCCAUGCCACCCAUACCACCACACCAGGCAGUGAUUGUGAUAUUCUCUUAUUCUCUCUCUUUUUGGUCUCUUCUUUUCGUUUUUUUGUUCCGUUUUCCUUUAAAAGAGGAUUUUUUGUCGUUAAUUUUCUGUGUCCGAUUCUGUUGUGCGAGGGUGUCAUAGGAUAGCUCUUGUAAGCCACUGAUUAAGUUCCUCCCAUUGACUUGUUCCAAGCAGGUGGGUGUCAACAUCACAGCCUCUUUUUGUAAUCUGGAAUAACACAAAACGAAGGAAAAUGUGUUUUUUCUUUUUCUUCUUGUUUUGUUGAAAGCUAUAUCAAAGCAUUCUAUUAUAGUGUUAUUUAAUAUGUAAAUUGUAUUGCUAUACAUAAAAUAAAAUAUGGGUUUUGAUGUACUUUAAGCAUA